UAUUUUGAAUAAUUAUUUCAAAAGUGAUAAGAACAGCCCAUGCUGCAAGGAUUGUCAAUUUGAGAAAGCUGGAAAGAAGUGUCAGGAAGCAAUCAAUGCAACAUGCAAAGGAGAAUCUACUUGUACAGGGACUGACCAAUUUUGCCCUCCUCCUGGUAAUGCUCCAGAUGAUACCAUCUGUGUGGACAUGGGAAAAUGUUUGCGGGGAGAAUGCAUUCCUUUUUGUGAGACAGAGAAAGGCCACAGCCCAUGUGCUUGUAAUGACGGAUGAUUCCUGUAAAGUUUGCUGCAAAGAUAAUGGAACUUGCAGACCAUAUGUAGAUCAAAACAACAAAUUUCUGUAUCUGCGCAAAGGGAAACCCUGCACAGUUGGAUUCUGUGAUGGACAUGGUAAAUGUGAAAAGCAAGUACAGGAUGUAAUAGAACGAUUCUGGGAUUUCAUUGAGAAAUUGGAUAUCAACACCUUUGGGAAAUUCCUAGCAGAUAAUAUUGUUGGAUCCGUUGUAGUAUUCUCCCUCGUGUUUUGGAUUCCCCUCAGUAUUCUCGUCCAUUGUGUGGAUAAGAAAUUAGACCAACAGUAUGAAGAGAGCACGAAAACGUUCUUCCCUUCCAGUAACCCGGAGAUGUUUAGCAGCCUAGAGUCUGCCUCAGUACGAAUAGUGAAGUCUCUUCCUCAAUCCACAAGCCGUUUUCAACUGCCACCAGCCCCACCGCCACAAGUAACCGUCCCAACAAUGGCUGCACCAACAAAAGCUGACCAUCAUCGGAUGGACACUAUACAGGAAGAUCCUAGUGCUGACUCUCUAAUUGGUGAGAGUGGGUUAGAUGAGGUUCCUUUUCCAAAUAGUAGCCAAGCAGCAAAGUCCUUUGAAGAUUUAACAGGACAUACUGUCAAUAGGAGUGACAAGGCAUCUGCAUUUAAAUUGCAGCGGCAAACCCAGAUUGACAGUAAGGAGACAGAGUGCUGAGUUCUUCAGUCAGAGUAGUCUUUUUUUAUAAAACUGAAUUAUUUAUCAUGCGGCUGCUCUGAUUUUUUUUACAAGUUGGAUCCAUCGAUGUGUAAAUUUGAUAUGGUAUUUUGCCAACUGUUGCAGUAUUUUUUAAAACAAUUUGUUUCUGACUUAAGACUCUCAUAACUGGCCCUGAAGAAUGCAACUCUGAUUCUAAAGUUUUUUAAAAUAAAUAAAUUUGGCCCAAACACAACUAAUGGCAAAUAACGAAAUUCAACUGUAGUUGAAUUAAUUAUAAUGUUCAGUGCAUACCUGGACAGUCAUCAAGUCUUGCAUGUAAUGCAAGUAUUUUUCUUUCUUAAAAAAAAAUUGACAUUGCUAUUUGAAAGGACUGAUACACAGUUUGUUAGCUUAUCACAUUUAUAACUAACACUUCAGACUUUUUACCCCGUAUCAGUACUUGCAAGCAAUGUGGGCAGAUUGCUGCAAUUUUUGUAAUGAUUUAAGCUUUUGUGAAUAUAAAAACUUUGGGGAACUGUUAUGAUAGCAUUGUACUUUAAUAAAGUUUGGAUUUUUAA